AUGGUUAUGGACCCCUCUGCAACGCAAGUUUUCCAGGUUCUAGCUGGUCGUCGUAGGGCCGAGAGAGCUUGUCGUGACGCUGAGGAGCAUUUGGCACGUAUUCGGGGGCAGGUCGAUCACCUUUGGGCACAGGUCAACCUGAUGUGGUGCAAGGUCGAGGAGGAAUUGACAUGCCAUGUGUGCUUCCACAAACUUUGGCGGGCCGUAACAUACACACUCUCCAGCCAUCCUCUCAGCUGUACCUACGAGUGGUUCCAAUGGGAACGCGCCUUUAAAGAGAACCUGGCUUAUACCUGUAUUCGGUGCCAUGCACACAUCCAACAAGCACCAAUUCAUGCGUUCACAGUCGAAAACGCCAUGCACGAGCUUCCGAGGUUGGAUGAGGAUGACCGACAACUUGCAGAGGAUAUGGCAAGAGAGGCGGGAUACAUUGAUGAAGAUAGCUGGAUUGUGUUUUUCCCCUAA